AUCGACUGGUUUUUUUUUUCUGAAUUGUGAUGAUAGGCGGGCAGCGCUGAGAAACGGAAGAGGACACGAAGCAGAAGCAAAGAAAAAAAGUAAAACCAAGAACCGCCGCCUCGCCGUUCGAGAGAAGGGAAGAGGGGGGAAAAAGAUGCUCGCCAGAACCAUCGGAGGCGCCGUCCGAACCCGCCUCGCGCCGUCCCUCGCGAGCCUUCUCUGCCGCGGCUACGCGUCCCCCGCCUCCUCCGCCGACGACCUUGUCAUCGACGAGGACCCGCCGCGCGCCGCCUCGACGUCCGUUGCCGCCACCACCGUGGCGGCCACCGUGCCGACCCUCCUGCAGCCGCGGGUGCUCAUCUACGACGGCGUCUGUCACCUCUGCCACCGCGGGGUGAAGUGGGUGAUUAGGACGGAUAAGCACGCCAAGAUCAAGUUCUGCUGCGUGCAGUCCAAGGCCGCCGAGCCAUACCUGAGGCUGGUGGGCAUGGACAGGGAGGAUGUGCUGCGGCGUGUCCUCUUUGUCGAGGGCCCCGAGGCCUAUUACGAGGGCUCUACGGCUGCGCUGAAAGUCGCAUCGUACCUGCCUCCUCCUUACUCGGUCCUGAGUUCCUUGCUGAUCGUCCCCACCCCACUGCGGGAUGCGGUCUAUGAUUACAUUGCGAAGAACCGCUAUGACUGGUUUGGCAAAGAUGAUGAGUGCAUUGUCACCAAGGACAAGGAAAUUCUGGAGCGCUUCAUUGACCGGGAGGAAAUGCUUGGUGGCGGUCCCAGCAAUAGCUUCUUUUGAUUGCAUUUUUUGGCUGUGUUGAUGUCCACACUUAUACUGUAGGGAAGCGGUGUAAAUAAUCUUCGCAUCCAUCCAGGUACUCUGCAGAUAGUUUUCUUAACUCCUAGAACUUCUGCAUUCCACAUUAACGACAAUGCCGUCGAUCACCCGCAGGGUUUCUCAGAUCAUGUUGGUUCCGAUUUGAUUGCAAAACGUGAGCUAAUUGAUGUCUAAGAUUAGAAUUUUGUAAUAUGGGUUGGUCGUCGGUGUAAGGCAUAGGCAUGAAGGUUACAGGUGCCUUGAUAUGACAUCAUUUCUUUUCGUACACCUGCUGUGUCGUGUAUGGGGUACUCCUAUUUCGUUCAAAUAACUGCAGUACUAAAUACUAUGCUGAGUUGCCGCUCUUAU